CCUCCAGCAACUGCCCAGGACAAGCUCAAACGCUUUUUGGAAGACAAGGACUGGAAGUUCUACUGUGCCCUGGCUGCUGGCGUGACUGUGGCUGGUGCAGGACUUUACUACCUCUCCAAGCCUAAGAAGCCUUUGGCAGGUAGCACUCCUCCUAAACCCAGAGCACCCGCUCAAGGUAAGCCUUCCACUCCAGCUGCCCCAGCUUCUCCUGCUGCUACAACUUCUACAACUGGCGCCGAGUACGAGACCAUGACUGAUGAGGAAAUUGCUGCCUUGACUGAAAAGGAGCGUGAAGAUGCUGCCCAGAGCUUAAAGACCAAGGGAAAUAGCCAUUUUAGCAAGAAGAAGUACGAAGAGGCUGUGCACCUUUACAGCCAGGCAAUUCGUUUUAAGAAGGAUCCCGUAUUUUUCUCCAACCGCGCCGCUUGUUUUGGCAAUCUCGGUCAGAACGAUCGAGUAAUCCAAGAUUGUGAUGAAGCACUCAAGCUAGACCCUGUGUACAUCAAGGCCCUGAACCGUCGUGCCCAGGCUUUUGAGAAGAAUGAUGAUCCUGAAGCAGCUCUUUAUGACUUCACUUGCGUCUGUAUCCUUGAUAAUUUCAAAAACGAGGCUGCCAGCAAGGCAAUGGAGCGUAUUCUUAAACAGGUUUCUGAGGCCAAGGCUAAGGAGAUGAUGAAGACUAAGAAGCCUCACCUUCCUUCUCCCACUUUUGUCAAUGCUUAUCUUGAAUCAUUCCAUCCUGUUAUUCAUGAGCUGCCUUCAGCUGUGGAUGAGGAAACUGGUGAUGCAUACUACGCCAAGGCAUACCGUGCUAUUUCUGAGCGCAACUACGAGACUGCCGUCGAAUCUUUAGAAAAGGCUGUUGAGUUAGGCUGCUCCCGUGCUUAUCAAGCCUAUGCUCUUAACUUGCUCGGUACCUUUGUAUUCUUAAAGGGUAACGCCAAUGAUGCCCUGAGUUACUUUGACAAGGCUAUUGAGGCCGAUCCUCAGUUUGUUCAGAGUUACAUUAAGCGUUCUUCGAUCUACAUGGAAAAGGGUGAUUUGGCAUCUACAUUUAAGCAGUUUGAGUUGGCAGUUGGAAUCAACUCUAGUGACCCUGAUAUCUACUACCACAGAGGCCAAGUGAACUACAUUAGUGGAAACUAUGAUGCUGCUGCAAAGGAUUACGCUGAAAGUAUCAAACUCAAUGACUCCUUUGUUUACGCUCACAUUCAGUUGGGUGUUGUUCAGUACAAGCUCGGUUCGAUCUCUUCAUCAAUGAGCACUUUCAACAACACUCUUAAGAAAUUCCCCAACUCUGCUGAAGUUCACAACUACUACGGUGAAUUGUUGGCUGAUCAACAAAAGUUACCCGAGGCUAUCGAGACAUUCACCAAGGCUAUUGCACUGGACUCAAAGAACCCCUUGCCAUACAUCAACAAAGCUAUGUUGAUGUACCAGGUUAUGGGUGACAUGAACGAGGCCAUGAAUCUUUGCAAGAGCGCAUUGGAAGUUGAUCCCGCAUGCGAUGCUGCUGUGGCUUCUUUGGCUCAGAUGCUGCUUGAACAGGGCGAGUCCGAGCAAGCAUUGACCUACUACGAGAAGGCAAUUGAAUUGGCUCGUACUGAGGCUGAAUUGGAGCAUGCCAUUAUGUAUGUUGAGGCAACCAAGACCCAAACACGUUUUGCAAAGGAGUAUCCUGAAGCAGCAGCUCAACUUAAGGCCCUGCGCGGAUAGAAGAAAAGAGAAGAAAAAGAAAGAAAAAACAAGAAACCUAAACAAAGCAAAAGAAGCAGAAGAGAUGGCAAGAAAAAUCAAUCGUUUUUCCCAUCUUAAUUGAACAUCAAAUCCAUGUAAAAAUAUAUAAAGAUCAAGAGAUAAUCCCACUUAUACACCCAU